AUGACUGCAUUGAAAGCCAGUAAGGAGAAAAAACCUGGAGACAAGCUAUGCUUUGAUAAAGAUGCCGGCGACGGAUUCAAACGUUGCCCAUUUCUGGGUCACUCUUCUCGGACACCCUUCGGCAUUCCAUACAUUAAAAGUGCUAAAAUCGUUGAUGCAUCUAACUUUAACAAUCAAGCAAGUGCUCACAUGGAAGAAGUAUAUUUUUCCGGCGAACAUAGUGAAAAUUCUUCAAGACGACAAGGAUUUUCAAACCCAAAUCAAAGACAGUCGGUCGACCAUGAAUAUAAAACCACUAGAGAGCCGUUAUUCAGUUAUAAUCAAUUCUUUAAUGACCAAAUUGAACUAAAGAAAAAGAAUCAUACGUAUCGUAUCUUCAAGGAAAUUAAUCGUUCCGCUACAACAUUCCCCUUAGCAAAAUGUCAUCUUCCUGACCAAACUAGGGAUGAAAUCACGGUUUGGUGUAGCAAUGAUUACUUAGGACUGAGUCGUCAUCCGAAAGUUAUUUCCGCUGUAACUGAAGCUCUUAAAUGUUGUGGAACUGGGGCAGGAGGUACACGGAACAUCUCUGGAACGAACAGUCUUCAUCGCCGACUUGAAGCAGAACUUGCGCAGUGGCAUAGAAAGGAUGCUGGACUUUUAUUCAAUUCAUGCUAUUUGGCAAAUGAAACUGCUAUAUCUACUUUGGCGCAACAGUUACCGAAUUGUGAGAUAUUUUCCGAUGCUGGUAAUCACGCUUCCAUAAUACAAGGAAUUCGUUUGAGUAAGAGUCCAAAGUUUAUAUUUCGUCAUAAUGAUCCUGAGCAUCUAGAAGAGCUACUAUCGAAAUCUGAUCGUUGUAAGCCUAAGCUUGUAAUAUUUGAGUCAGUACACUCUAUGACUGGCGAUAUAAGUCCAAUGAAGCAAUUGUGUGACGUUGCUCACAAGUAUGGUGCUUUAACAUUCAUUGAUGAAGUUCAUGCUAUCGGAUUAUAUGGAGAUACUGGUGCUGGUAUUGCCGAAAUGGAAGAUAUUAUUGAUCACGUAGACUUCAUUAGUGGUACAUUAGCGAAAGCUGCUGGUAACAUUGGUGGUUACAUUGUUGGAGAUCGUGAAGCUAUUGAUACCCUGAGGAGUUACUGCCCUGGCUUCAUUUUCACUACUUCUCUUCCUCCAGCAACCGUUGCUGGUUGCCUAACUUCAGUCAAUAUUUUAAGGGGUGAAGAAGGCAAACAACUACGUUCAAGACUUCAUUCGAACGUUGCUACUCUGUUCAAUAAACUACGAGCAGUUAAUAUACCUGCAGUCAAGACUCCAAGCCAUAUUAUUCCUGUUCAUGUUGGGAAUGCCGAAGAAUGCUUACGUGCAAGUAAUGAUUUACUUUUGCAGCAUAAUGUAUACGUUCAGUCCAUUAACUAUCCAACAGUCCCUGUUGGUCAGGAACAGCUAAGGGUUACCACAACUCCUCUACAUACUGAAGAAAUGAUGGAUUACUUAGUUGACUCAAUAAGGAGUGUAUGGAAGCAGCACAACAUUCCAUUUUUAUGGUCCGUCUGUAAUAAAUAUGACAACUGCUACUGUACCGAUGAAUCAGCAACCGCCCUAUGUCGUUACCAAACAUAUAUUCGAUCACGUUAUAGGCCAUCAAAUCUAGCUGGAGCAUCUUCGAUUAGUAUACCUAUUUCCGCUUGA